UGGGAACGUCGAAGAUAUUUUAGCUGCUGGUGGUCGUGUGUGCGCGAGUGCGAGGCAAAAGCCAUCGAAAAUAAUUUAGGGAAAAAGUGUGCGGAAUCGCGUUAUUUUGGCCAAAUUCCAACACCGGAGUGUCGCGGGCAACGCGAUUAGCUAGGAGUUUCCAGGUUGGCAUCUGGGAUCUUGUGUUCCCGCGGGAUAGAAGAGUGCCCCCCAAUCGAAAAGUGUGCAACGCGAUAAACAAGAAGAAGAAACGGGGGCUUCAUCGCGUAUAUUUUUCUUUCUGCUUAUCCGUCGUCGCGGGUUGCUGCGAUCGUCGCUGUCCGUGUGUGUUUGUGUGCGUUCACUCGCACAGCUUUGUUAAAAAAAAAGAAGGCAACAAGAACAAACGCAAAUGGUUGCGCUCGGAGCGUGAAGAGUGAAAAGUGUGUAAAAUCCGCCUUCAUUUCCAUUCUGGACUCGGAAUAAUUUCGUGACCCAUCGCAGCGGGAAAUCAUGGUCAAAGGACGCCGCACCCGUCAGGCGGCCACCGUUGGCCAGGUGAUGGCCGCAGCGACGGCCACCACAACAGACGACACCGCCAGCCCGAAGCGUAAAGAUUUUAAAUUUGACAACAAUAGCCCUUCCCAGCACUUUACCAACAAUAACAACUCUCAACUACUGACCAAUGGUCGCAAACCGGCCGUCGAGGCGAUGGUCCUGCGCGGUGGACGAACCAAACUGAACGGCAUCGACCGGUACUUUACGAGCAGCGGAAAACCGUCCUCGCCCGGACCGACGGAGCAGAACGUGAUUGACCUAACGGACGACAACACGUCGGAGUCGAUCGCCGAGUCGCCGCUGAUGGUGCUCGGGUUCGCCGCCGCCGCCGUGGCCAACAGCAAUCCCGCGAGUAACAUCUUCCUGCAGGAGCCGGUGCUCAGCUUGAACAUUGACAAAAGCUGCCCGACGGUUGGGCAGUCCUCGAGGGUCAUCAUCAAAAACAGCUUCUUCGGGACGGAGAUGCAGACGCAGUUUUCCCCGCCGAAGUGUGAUCCGGUGUGGGGAGGAGCAGGAGGAGUCGAUGUCCUCAAGCGGGAACCGUUGGACUUUGCGCUGGACCUGUCGAAGCCGACCCAGGUCACGGAGAUUGAUUCGACCACGUUCCACGACAGCAGUUCGUGCGACAGCGGAGACAGUGGAGUGGUCAUCCUGCCUGCCAUCACCAAUAUUGCCGCCGGAGGACCGUUACAGUUUGAACCGUCGACGCCCGGGGAGGGUAAGAGGAGGAAACCGGCCACGCCGCACCGAAUUGUGUGCCCUUCGCCAGUGAAGAGCUCGUCGAUUGUCGCCAGCCCGUCGUCUGCGUUGUCACAUCUGAACAUCCAGAGCAAGCGGCAACCCCGGAAGAACGUCAAGUCGAAGCGGAGACUCCACACCAAGGAACUGGAAAACGCCCUCGAAGAAGCGGCAACCAGCGUGCCUACCAACAACAGCAGCGUUCCGGAAGCCUCCCCAAUGCUCGAGACUGGAGCCGUAGUAGGAGGAGCAGCUACCGCCACCGCCGCCGCCACUCUCACGGGAAUGCUUCCACCUGCCGCCACCGUCAAGCCAGCGACGCUUCUCCAGAAGCAGAAGCAGAAAAAGCCGGUGCUAAACACGGCUGCCAAUCCGACAGCUUUACAAAACACCAACAACAACAACCAAAGUCGAGCAAACAGCGCGGCAGCCGCAGUCGCCGCCAACAAAAAGGUCACCGACUACUUCCAGGUGCGUCGCAGCGUGCGGAAAACCAAGAAGGAAGUCCAGUGGGAGCGGGACCGCGAUCUCGAGCGGGCGAUCUACGAGCAGCGAGAGUCCGGACUGACGAUUGUCGAGUUCGAGGGCAAGGGCCGAGGCAUUGUGACCACGCGAAAGUUUGCCCGCGGGGAGUUUGUCGUCGAGUACAUCGGCGAUCUGAUCGACAUGGCCGAGGCGAAGCUGCGCGAGCAGGAGUACGCCGAGGACGACAGCACGGGAUGUUACAUGUACUACUUCAAGCACCAGAACGUUCAGCACUGCAUCGACGCCACCGCCGAGAGUGGCAAGCUGGGCCGGUUGGUGAACCACUCGCGGAACGGCAACCUCAUGACCAAAACCGUGCUGGUGAACGACCUGCCGCACCUGGUGCUGCUUGCCAAAGAGGACAUCCCCGAGGGCGUCGAGGUGACGUACGAUUACGGCGACCGGUCGAAGGAAGCCCUGCAGCACCACCCGUGGCUGGCGUUCUAGAAGUGCUGAGUGAGUUUUGCGUGGCCGCGCCGCCAUACUUUAAAAGUAUUUUUGAUUUUGGGGUGAGGCGUUGCAAUGUUCCUCGUUGAGUUCCAAUUGAUGAAGUUCGGCAGUUUCAACAGCACACACACACACACAUUAUGAAGGUUCAAUUGGAAUCGUCACAGUAAAAUUAUAUGCUACUAUUAGUUAAUUUCACAACAAUAACAACAACAACAACAAAAAAAAUACAAAUGUCGAUCAGGAAUGCUGUAAGAGUAAUAAUUUAUUUGUUAAAUUA